GGCGCGAUAGCAAGUAUCGAUCGCAGUGAGACCCCGCUGUUUGCGUGCACUAAAGCUGUUUCGGCUUGGUGGAACUCUGUUGCGCGAACCUAAGAUUUUUCUUGCCGAAAGCAAAAGCGCGCACCCCACGCGCAUGCCUAAAAUCAGGGGUGCAGGGAGGGUACUUGACCAGGGGCGAGAGCUCGACCCGGGGCCCUCACAUUACGUAACACAAUACGCACAGGACGGCGCACAAACAAUGUGAUUUUAUUUUUUCCUAAAUUUUUCUACUGUUUUUUAAUUAAUUAUACAUUUUUAGAAUUAGCAUCGUAGUUUACGUUAGAUGUCGCGCGACCUUUUCUUUGCGGUUUUAAUUGUAUGUAUGUAAAAGACAAAAGAGGUUGAAGAAACGUUGAAACUUUAAAAUUCCACAUUGCAAGAUAAGAUCAAGAUUGGAUCAUUGAAUAUUCAAAAGGCCUGAUAUUAAAAUAAAUGAAAAAAAAUCUAAAGCCAAAUUAAUCGAUCGAUAAAAGCGUAUUCUUACGAGAAAUUAUAAAUGUAUGAAGCGACGCCCGGACGAGACGAAGGAACGGAAUAAAAAUUACAUUGAAAUUUUCAAUUCCCUUUCACCUAAAAUAUAUCAAUAUGAAAUAAUUUAAUUGAGAUUAUAACUGAAAGAAUCCGGCAAGAUGACUAUGGAACGUGAUCGCGGUGAACGCGACUACAUUGGAUUUGCUACAUUGCCUGAACAGGUGCACCGCAAAUCAGUGAAGAGAGGUUUCGACUUCACUCUAAUGGUUGUCGGAGAAUCGGGCCUCGGAAAAUCAACAUUGAUAAACAGUUUAUUUUUAGGAGAUCUUUACAAAAAUCGAAAAAUUCCAGAUGUUCAAGAUAGAAUAGAAAAAACGACGACAAUCGAAAAGAAAACUAUGGAAAUAGAAGAACGAGGCGUCAAAUUACGUCUGACGAUUGUUGACACGCCUGGCUUUGGAGACGCGAUUAACUGUGAAGAUUCGUGGCGCGUUUGUUCGGCAUACAUCGACGAACAAUUCAGACAGUAUUUUACUGAUGAAAGUGGUCUGAACAGGCGACAUAUGCAGGACAACCGAGUUCAUUGCUGUCUUUACUUCGUUCCGCCUUGGGCGCAUAGGUACGCAUCGCUACGUAAACUAAUUCUAUUCAUAGUUUUCUUUGUUGGGAAAGUAUCUCAUUUGAGACACUGCUAGCGGAACUGCACUCAUCAACAUGUUCCGCUAUCUGGUUGCUUAAUUUACAUAAUUUGACAAACUCAUUUAAACAUCACGUUUUCUUUUCGAACCUAGCUACGAUACGCGGACCGGUUCCA